AAUUUUUUUACCCACUAAAAACUUUUGCGUGCCAUGACCAACACAAGCUCAUCCUCAGCAUCGUUCACAAACACCGAUUCGCUCUCCGAUUCGGAUGACACAUGGAUAAGUCGUUUCCACAACCGAUCAGAGAACUCCGGUCUAAUCAUGAUACACGAUUCGUUUCUCCAAGACAAGUUCAAUCUCGUUGGCCUGAUGAGAUAUAUAUCGAACCUAAGCAGAUCAUUUGACGUAAUAAAGAACAAAAUGCCCAGCAGGAACAAAAAGGAAGAGGCGUUGUUGUACUAUUUGGUGCACCAGCGAUAUAUUCUGACGAACGCGGGGAUGGAAAAGAUGCUGGAGAGGGUCAUUCAACAUUUUUAUGGGGAUUGCCGACGUAUGGGAUGCGAGGACAUCCCGCUUAUACCGCUGGGCCUUUCGAACAAUCCAAAAAUCUCAUCCGUUAAGCUCUAUUGCUACAAUUGCAAUAAUGUGUUUGAUCCGGACAACUCACUAUCUGGGCUGGAUGGCUGUUCUUUCGGCAGUUCUUUUGCACAUCUGCUUAUUCUCACGCACAAGGAGAAUUUUCCAAAGAAAAAAUACGGAAAUUACAUUCCCCGAAUCUUUGGUUUCCGGAUAUACGAGGAGAAAGAGAAUCAGUGAUACUUUGUUUUUAGUAAAGCUUAUGGUUCUGGUGUAGUCGGCCAUUUCGUUCCGGAAUGCUAUCAAGGCGCGAUUAACGGAAUAAUAAUUUUUUACACGGGCACUUCAGCGUUUUUAAUGACACAGUACACACGAUGAGGUGAUCAUCGUCUACGUACGAAAGUGGUGUGCUAUUAAUGUGAGCAUAGCUUCUAUCUGAUUCCUUUGUCGCGCGCUGUAAUCGAGUACAAGCCAUGAUUUACUGCGUCAGCCAGCAAACGCAAUAUUGUUGUUUGGCACAUCUCGUCAAGUACACGCAACUUUACGGGCACGCUUGCUCAAACGUUGCCACUGCUGAUCCUUCAGUCGAUGAUGUGCACCAACGAUUUACGCUUAAGCACGACCCUGAACAACAUUCAGAAUAUUUUCAUCACUUUCUCAUGCCCUGUCGAAUACAAAAAUUUGUUUUGAAACAGUUAGACCAUACGUAAUCAGCAACCACUUUCUAAUAUGUCUCUAACCGAUCUCUUGAUAAUAAAAUAUCUCGGCUGUGAAUUGUUACUGUGUAUAAAAUGUCGAUCAGGUUCGUUUCCUUACUCGCGCCUUUAACCGUACUUUUAAACCAGUGUUGCGAUGUAAAAGAUGUUCUAAAUUAUAUUUUACGUACCGAACUGUAGAGAUGCA